UGACCCUGCGUCCUAACGGUUCAACUUUCACUUCGAUUCGGCUUCGAGGCUCGAGGCGAAGCUCGCGUAUUCUUGUGAGACAUUUUGGGUAAUGGCCACCCGGCGAACGUCCCAGUCGCUGUGCUUGAUCGCCAUCAUGUCGGAGCCUCAUGGGGAGAUGUCCGAGUCGUAAAUAACACCACAUCCUCGAUCGUGCGACGACCUCCAAGACCAUGGGGUCAGCCAUCUCUCGUCUCAGACUAGUUUGGCAAACGCUGCGCUCGAUUUCGGCCUCGUACGAUGCACUUGAACGACGUAUUGCAACAUCUCCUGGCAUCCCAUCACCAAAUCCAUCGAUAUCGUACUGGGAAGUCCCGCCAGCCCCUAUAGCAAAGCAUGGAUCCUCUUCAGCUCUUCCGGAAUAUGCGGAUAUUGUGGUCAUUGGGAGUGGCAUAACAGGCACCGCUUUUUCGCGGACCACCUUGAAUAUUCUGGAAAAGGACAUGCAACCGACGAUCGUGAUGCUGGAGGCAAGAGACGCAUGCUCUGGGGCAACUGGAAGGAAUGGAGGGCAUGUGACACCGGUCCUGUUCCACGAUUACCCAGCCUUGAAAUCCGCCCACGGAGCGGCAAAUGCUCAGGCUAUAUUACGAUUCAGGCUAGCCCACCUCCCUGAGCUGCUUGCUGUGGCCCAAGAAACCGGUCUCGCGGAUUGCCAGUGCCGGGAGGUCGAGACGUUCGAUGUGUUCUUCGAGCAGGAGACCUUCGACGUCGCCAAGGAGAAUCUUGAGCAUUAUUUGCGAGACAUGCCAGACCAGCGGUCAAAUUGGCGCCUAGUAAAUGCCGAGGACUGUGUGAAGGAUCUACAACUAUCCCGUCAGGCAGUUGGAGCCAUUGGAACGGUUGGAGGAGCCAUUCAUCCCUAUCGUUUUGUGACGGGAAUUCUUUCCAGCCUACUGGAGUCCUUCCCGGACCAGUUUCGGCUGCUCACUCACACACCGUGCUUGUCAAUAUCGUCUGACGAGGAUUUCUACACAAUCACGACGAACAAAGGUCAGAUUCGAGCUCGUCAUGUUGUUCACGCGACAAACGGAUGGGUCUCGCAUCUGCUGGCACCUAUGCGAGGGAAAAUUGUCCCUGUCCGAGGCCACAUGAGUUCCCAACGACCAGGACUAGGCCUGGGCCACAAUUCAGUGCCCGAUGGCGAUUCGGAGUCAAUGGCCACCCUAGCGGAAGCUCGAAACCCGUGGGCUGGCCAACGCUCAUUCGUGAUGUACGCUGGCGGAGGUUACGACUACCUCACACAGCAACCGGUCGAAUUAAUUACCGCAUCGUCGGAAUAUCCGGCACCAGCUGGGGAGAUGAUGUUUGGAGGCGGGGCGAGCCACGGCGAGAUUCUGGACCAGGCUCUGAUGAAUGAAGUUGGUGUGAGUGACGACACAGACUGGAAUACGGGGAAUGCCGCUCAUCUCAGCGGAGCCUUGAGCGUCUACUUCGAUGGAUGGGGUGCUGAGGGACGAGGCACGGACGACAAGGACACACAGUUUGGCGCGGGAAGAGUCAAGAAACUCUGGUCCGGCAUUCUGGGGAUAUCAGCUGAUGGCAUUCCAUGGGUGGGUCGGAUUUCUCCAAGAAUAAGUGCUCGGUCAGAGCCAAAGUCAAGUGGUUCUUCGAGACUGGCGACUCCCGGAGAGUGGAUUGCUGCCGGUUACACCGGGGAAGGGAUGGUGCAUGCAUAUCUUUCUGCCAAAGCUCUCGCCCAUAUGGUCCUAGCGACCGAUGAAGCCUCGCUGCCUGCGGCAUUUCUUGUCAGCGAGAAGCGAUGGAGGAAUGCUCGCAUGGAGAACUUGGUGAAUUGAAAGGAGAUGACGUCAGCGGAAUGAUCCGCGAUAGUUUUGUUAGCCGCAGUUCCUUGUCUUCAACUCUUUACUCGUUUGCUAUCCGACGCAUUUACAUAUACCAAGCAUGGCUCCCGUCGAGAUGGAAUACUACGAUCUACUGGAUGUGCCAGUAGAUGCGGAUGACAACACUCUCAAGAAGGCGUACAGGCGGCAAGCUAUGAAGGCGAGUUCUUCGGAUGAAAAGAGUAAAGCGUAUCAAGUCUUAUCCGACCCGGUGAGCCCUGCUGUUUCCGUGGUCGUUGAUGUUGCAACUCAUUCGAGAUCAAAGAACUUGCGUACUGUGUACGAUAAGAAUGGGAAGUCGAUGGUGGACAAGGAAGGCGGGGUUAACAUGGAAGACGCGGCUGGAUUCUUUGCCAAUGUUUUCGGAGGGGAACGAUUCGCCGACUACAUUGGCGAAAUCUCCAUUAUGAAAGACAUGACUGCGACCGCGACGACUAUGAUGACUGAGGAGGAAAAGGUCGAGAUGGAGAAGGCUAUGAACGAGGGGAGCUCUACUCCCAUCGGCGAAGCCGCUCGAUCCACGUUGUCCUCGGGUUCUGCGACACCAGUCCGAUCUACACCGACCACUCCCUCAGCAUCCAACGAAACAUCGCCGUCCAGCCUUACCGUGCAUUCUGAGGCAGAGUCGCCGCUACCGCCGUCGAAGGAAUCCAAAGACAAGAAGCGUUCCAAGAUUACCCCGGAACAGAAACAGAAGCUGCGUGAUCAGGAGACAGAGCGGCAGCGGGUGAUGGAGGAACGUGUAACCUCAUUGACGACGAAGAUGAUCGAGAGGCUACGACCCUUCGUGGAGGCUAAGCAUCCAGGUGAAAAAGACGACCCCGAAACGAAGGCCUUCGAGGAAAAGAUGAGGCGAGAGGCCGAGGAUCUGAAGUUGGAGAGUUUUGGCGUCGAAUUGCUUCACGCUAUCGGUGGCGUCUACAUGAUGAAAGCAACGUCAUUCAUGAAGUCGAAGAAGUUCCUCGGCAUCCCCGGCUUUUUCUCGCGUCUAAAGGAGAAGAGCGACCUUGUGAAGGAUGUGUUCGGAGUCAUUGGAAGCGCUCUCAGUGUUCGAGAUCUCAUGCUGGAAAUGGAGAGGCAGCAAAGCAAAGGAGAACUCGGCGAGGAGGAACUUCGGGCUUUGGAAAUGGACGUCACGGGGAAGAUCAUGCUUGCCUCAUGGCGUGGUGCUCGAUUGGAGGUUGUGCAGGUUUUGCGGGCUGUUGUCGAUAACGUGCUCAAAGAUCCAGGAGUAUCGGAUCUGGUGCUGCUGAACCGCGCCAAGGGUCUUCUCAUCACCGGUGCCAUCUUCAAGUCCACGGCUCCCGACGAAACCGAUGCAGAACGUCGGGAACUUGAGAGAAUGGUUGCAGAAGCGGCUGCACCAAAGGGGAAGUCGUCAGCCAAAACUGCACACGCAAAACGGGAGCAAAUGCUCCGGCAACAUGCAGCAGAAGCCGAGAAGGUCAAGACUGGGCAGAAUGAUAUUUAAUGGAUUUUCCUUAGGGAUGUUUGUGUGAACUAGACUAUCUUAAUUGCUCAUGUCACGCGGAAAACGAUGCUUUGAC